AUGGCCACCAAAAAUCACCCCCUCAAUGCCCCCAAUACCCCAGAAGCUGUUCAGAAGCAGCAGCAACAGCAGCAGCAACAAAAUAAUAGAAAGUUGAAUGCAAUAAGGAUAAGCGAGGUGGAUGAACAGGGAGAGGAGAGGAAACGUAGGGGCAUCAGUGUUCUAAAUCAGAAAACAGAACUGCAGCGUGCCUAUGAGAAACGGCAACAGCAUAACAUGGAACAGCAGCCUCCCUCACCCACCUACGGCCUUAAAAGUGAACUCAAUCGUGUGAUAAUGGAACGAGCUCAAAAGCAUGCACAAGCCCGCCUUCAAAAUCAGGAAAAUAAUGACGACGAUAAGCAGUACGUCAAUCCGGAAUAUCUGAAUGCGAGAGCAAAACUGCGGGCGGGACAAAGGACUGAAUUGAAAUAA